AUGAGAUCCAGUCCAGCUAGUUCAGAAAGGGAAGACGACCUAGUUCCACCCAUCAAGGAGGAAGUUGAGUCAAUUGCAGACUCAGAAGAAGGAACCAUCAGAAUGGCGGCUGAACCAGACAACGAUCCAGAGAUCGGCUCGCUCAAUGCUCAUUUGAACCUCUGCAGCAUUCAGAAGAGGCCACCUAACUCGACCGAGGAAGAUUAUAGUCUACGUGCUCUACCUUUCGCACUGAAGGGAGAGGCGAAUACAUGGCUACUGAGGUUACCGGCAAAUUCUAUAAGCUCGUGGGUGGAUUUCAGGUUACUGUUCUUGGAUUACUUCUUUCAAUCGAACAAGACGAAUGCAAUCAAGAAGGAGAUUCUUGCAUGCCGACAAGAUUAUGAUGAGGUGUUGAGUCAGUAUUGGUCGCGAUUCAAGGGUUUGCUCGAUUCAUGCCCUAAUAACCGAAUGUGCGAAGUAGGAGUUUACAACAUCUUUUAUGAAUGGGCGAAUCCGGAGUCUAAGGAUUUAUUAAACUCCUCGAGCAGGGGAAAUUUUACCAAGAAGCGAGUAAGUGAAGCCCGAGAAAUUUUGGGCAGGCUAAUUGAUGCCAAGAAUGCGUACGAUUCUCCUCGCACCAUCCUGAAGAGAGGAAGUGUAGAUACCGUGAACGUUCAAAGUGAAGACCGGAUAGAUGCGAGAAUAGAAGCUGGAGAAAGCAAUUCCGAUUGCCUUAGGGAAGAACAAUUCCCCAGACCCAGGAGAGAAGACCAAGCAACUGCCAGAUGGUCUGACAAUGAUCCGAAUCUGCCGCCGACGCAACAAAGCAACAACUAUUCAAACCCGCAGGAGCGACAACCGAAUUGGGUAAACAGAAAUCCGGAGGGGAACAAUUGUGGCAAUAGGCAGCAGAAUGACCAACCCAACUGGGCAAACAGGAAUCAGAACAAUCCAGCCAGUUCAUAUGUGCCACCUCACCAGAGGAAUUAUCAAGGCAACCAUCAGAACUCUCAGCCCAACCAUCAAAAUCAACAAGGGCAGAAUCCGCAUUAUCACAACACAGGAGGCCCAGGGAAUUUCAGGCCAAACCAGGGACAUGGUCCCAAUCACCCUCAAGGACCGAAUACCAGUCAGCCGAGUACCAGACAGCCGAAGAACAUUGAUGAGUUGAAUGAGCAGAAGACAGCCAUGGGCAUGUUAGCUAAACAACUCUCCCAGAUCGCGACUUCUUUGAGCAAGAUGCGUGGGAACGAAGGAAUAAUUCCUGCCUUGGUAAAACCACCAGAUAGGGCAAAUAUCAGCCAGAUAACCCUGAGAUCGGGGUGA